ACCAAGAUAUGUUAUUUCAUCAUCAUCAACAACAAGUGGAGGAAAACAUGUCGAAUCUAGCAUCAGCUUCAGGAGACCAAGCAAGUGUGUCUUCAGGAAACAGAACUGAAACUAGUGGCUCCACCUUUCACUACACCAUUAAUCCAAAUCAGCAGCAACACGAAGAGUUUUGUGCUCCACAAUCAUCUCAAAAGAAAAAGAGAAACCAACCUGGCAAUCCAGACCCUGACGCAGAAGUGAUGGCUUUAUCACCAAAAACACUAACGGCAACAAACAGAUUCAUAUGCGAGAUCUGUAACAAAGGGUUUCAGAGAGACCAAAAUUUGCAGCUUCAUAAGAGAGGACACAAUCUACCAUGGAAGCUUAAACAAAGACCACCUAAAGAUGUGAUAAGGAAGAAAGUGUAUGUCUGUCCUGAGCCAAGCUGUGUCCAUCAUCAUCCAUCAAGAGCUCUAGGAGACUUAACUGGAAUCAAGAAGCAUUUCUUCAGAAAACAUGGCGAGAAAAAAUGGAAAUGUGAGAAGUGUUCGAAGAAGUAUGCGGUGCAAUCAGAUUGGAAGGCUCAUACUAAGACUUGUGGCACUAAAGAAUACAAAUGCGACUGUGGAACUCUCUUUUCUAGGAGGGAUAGUUUCAUAACUCAUAGAGCAUUUUGUGAUGCAUUAGCAGAAGAGAGAGCAAGAGGCAUACCAAACCUUAUCCUUAUCCAAUCAUCUCCAUCUUCUCCACCUCAUCAUCAUCACCAAACUCAACAAAACAUCAGUUUCUCAUCUUCCUCACAAAACAUCAUCAGCAACAAUGAUCGUCAUGGUCAUAAAAUUUCUAUGAAGCAAGAAGAACCACAUCAUCACUUACCAAACAUCCCUCCUUGGCUUGCCUCAUUAAACCCUAACCCUAAUGGCAAUAAUGGUAAUUACUUCCCUCUAGCUUCUUCUUCUUCUGCAACGGCAACCACCAGAAGUUCCAACUUUCACCACUCAUCUCCGGCUAUGUCAGCCACAGCUUUGCUCCAGAAAGCAGCACAAAUGGGUCCCAGAAAGUCAACUACUAAUCCAGAGGAAGAAGAAAGGUUAAGCUCCUAUAAUAACCUGAUCACGACUACAAUGGCCGCGGCAAUGAUGACGCCACCAUCAGAGCCUGGAUUCGGAUUUCAAGACUACAAUAUGAUGAAUCAUCAUGCUCAUCAUCACGGCGUUGGAGAAGCUUUCAGCAGAGAAGACGAGAAGAACGAUGUCGUCGCAGACGAUGGUGGAGGAGAGACGAGGGAUUUCUUGGGGAUAAGAUCGUUAAUGUCUCAUAACGGGAUUCUAAGUUUUGCUAAUAAUCUUGGCAACUGUGUCAACACUUUUGCGUCAGAGCAACAAGAGCAAUAUAACCAUCAAGAUUAGCUACUAGCAUAUGCAUAGGGAUUUUUUUAUAUUAAUUAAUUAGUUUAACAUAUAUGUAAGUGUUAUCGAAAAGAUAUCAAAAAGGAAACACUAUAUUUAUUACUUCUUUUAAUGGUCGUUCGUUAAUCAGUAAGUGUGUAUGAUUUUACAUUUUCGCUUACACAUGUUAAACAUAAGAUGUCUCUUUGGUAUAUGGUAUGCAUGAUUAAAGAAAUGGUCACCGUGAAAUCAAGUUAUGUAUUUAU